AUGGACGCUGCCCGGCUACGCCAGAGGUCUGCCAGUCAUAGCUCGCUGCGCAGCCAGUAUCGAUAUCAGUCCAGAAUGACCAGCUACAAUAAUCCCCGUCCCUCGGGUCAGAGACAUCCGUUACGCGGCGUCAACGGGCAUGCCGCUCUUCUGCGCUCCCCCGGGCCCCUGGAGAGCAUGCUCAAGACCACAACCGAAACCGGAGACAUCGGCAUCUUUUCCAUCAGGCCCAACUCUUCAUCAAACUUUGGGCGUCCGACGAGGUCCAGGUCGCAUCCCAGGGAGGCAGUCGUGCCUUUCCCGCCACGCCCUUCAGGAUACGAUGAGAACUACUACUACCACCCCGAGGACCACAGGAGGAUGCGGUCGUAUCGCGACACCACGUCUGAAAUUAUUUCCCUCUAUGGCUCUGAAAGCCAGCAAACGCUCUUUUCGUCCGUCUCUCCAGCCAGUCUUGAGGAUGACCCCAGAUCGUACUCCAUGACAACAACAAGCUCAAAGCGAAUUCCAUCUCAGAAGUCUACGGGUACACUGCAGAGCCAGUCAAGUGGGAGUGGUUACCAACGUCCGAGAUCUCCCUUUCCAUAUCCAACUCGACUGAAGCGCCCGGGAGUCCGCCCGGCCUCUCCAGCUCUCAGGGACAAUGGGGAUGUUGACUACAGUAGAAUGGUUGAGCUUGAUCGGUUUUCCCAGAGAACUAUUCAUGGGUCAUACAAGCCUAGUUUUUCCCAGGGCUCUCGACGGCCCCUUCCCAUGGCCUUCCGCCCCGAUGUCAAUAGGUCAACAAACUCUCUGCCAUCGAGAUCACGGCACUCGCCCUAUCUUUACGCACCAGUUCCCUGCCAUGCCAAACCGAGUAGUUCUUCUUUGCCAUGGGGAACGCCCAGGCAGUCGAGUCGGCAUCAACGAGUCUCUGCGGACCAAAGCACUCGCUCGCCUAGUCUCACGUCUAUUGUCGAGAUGUACGAUAGACCGACUACGUCGAAUUCUAACUGCGCCCCUUCCAUCCAAUCCCCUGGUCCUUUAUUCUACGACUACAGUGAGCAAUUUGAAGACGAGCCGCCUUGGGACGGGGAGAUGGACGUACCAUUACACCCCAUACCCAAGAGAGCUGAAAACAUUCGUCAAUCUCUGCUGCUAAUGAACGACAUCGAAGGAAACUUUGAUCUCGGUGGUAACUAUUCGGAUUCGAUAAAAUCUGAUGCACAGGACGCUGAGAACCCCUCAGCAGAGCCGUCUCAAUCAUCAGAUGCCGCAGCUUGCAACACUAAAGAAGCGGAAACCAAGCAAUCGGCUUCUCGUGACGAACGACAUGCUAUAGAAAGGCACUCGGCUGCCCAGUCAAGUCCAGGCGACGUCCCUUUGAUUACUAUUUCUGAUGAAGAAAAGAGCCAGGUGCAGAGCUUGCAGGAUGAUGCAUCGCCAGACAUGGAGGCAGAUGCGACCGAUAUGCUUUCACUGGUGAGCGAUUCGGCUUCAUCGAGGUCAAACUCUCCGCUGGAAACCCCUUCGAAAGUGACCGAGACCAAAUUUGACGUGCUGAGCGAAUCUCGGAGCCAACAGCCGUCUCAGGAUGGUUUUUCCAAGCUGAGAUAUUCGCUGGAUCCAGCACUCUCCGAAUUCGCUUCAAUCGUGACAUCCUUUGAUCGAUUAGGACGAGUACCAUCCGCCAACGACAGCGAGGCUCAAUCCAUGAGCGGAGAGCGCCAUGAUGCCUCUGUGUACCAACAAGGCGAGCUGCAUCCCGGUGCUCUGAAACGGUCGAGUAGGUGGCCGUCACCGACACCGCCACAGAGGAUCGAGGAGGAAGGCGGCGUGUACAAGAAACGCCAUCGCAGGAACGGCGCGGCUUCGCGAAUCAGCUUAACUGGCAUCGUCCCAGACAGCUAUAUAAAGCGGACGCCUCAGCGGCGUAACAGUCUACAAAUUCUCUCACCGGAGCCAAUCUCGCCCGUACGCCAGCUGAGAGUCAAAGAGAGUAUACCUCAGCUGAUGAAAGCCUUGCCUCCGCUGCCAAGGGAAGCUGAAAAGUUAUCAGGCUAUGGUACUGCGCGUAUACCAACGCCGUGUGAUUACCUGGAGAAUGUCCCCUUGAUGUUGAGCAGAGACGGUCUUGCAGAAAUGAAGCUGCAGUUGAAAGCGAAGCAGAAGAUUGCACCACCCACCACACCGCAAGGCCCACAGAACACUCAGUCAAGAAUCAGAGUGAGAGCCUAUGCGACACCGUCCUCCUCUCUCGGCAAUUUUGGUGGUGCACCGUGCUCGGCUUCUUCUGAGAGACCAACGUUUAACAGCACUCAGGACUACUACAGCUCAGCAUCACGGUCAAGACUCCGGCUCAACGCAUCACCGAGUCAAGUCGGGCAAGGUCGGCCGGAUCAGAGCGGGCUUUCGCCAUUCAACACCCGACUGAAACAAUGCAACUCGCUGGCAGAGCUUACGCCGUGUAUCAAAAGGGGGACCUUCAAUGAGCGGGUUGAAAUGGACAGGGGCAACAAGGGACAGGUAUCGAGCUUUGAUUCGAGCAGUUGCAACUCAGUGGCAGUAGAGGGAAAGCCUAUUCAAUUUGAGCCAUCCCCUCCGCCAUCUCCUCAGCCAUCUGAUCAGUUCAAUAUCCCCUAUCCACCCUCACCUGCCAAGGCAGAGGUACAUCCGAGUGCCAUCCCACCACUGAAUAGCGGUGCUGUAUUGAUCCAGACAGGCGACAGCUGCGUUGAUUACCAACCAAAAGGACCGCGCGGGCUUCGGAACAAGCUCUCGAUGCUUCGGCUACGAUUCGCCAGCACGCAGAAGUACAAUGGCACGAUACUGCCCGUCAUUCGCUCGGAACCAAAUACGUUUCCUUCCCCUGCAAUAACGUCCUAUCAAGACACAAAUGACUGGUACGACGCAGGGAUCAUUCGAAACCAGGAGCAAGCGGCUGUUGAACCGGAGAAGGUGGAAUGGCGCGUCAAGAGGUGGGCAAGAGAUGCUAGGAAGGCCGUUCGUCUAUAUGUCAAGAGAACCCUGGAACGGUCUCCCAGGGCAAGCGCGUGA